AUCGGUGAUUUGAUAUACGCAAGAGUUUCUUUGGCAAAUAAAGAUAUGGACCCGGAGCUUCAAUGUUUUAACCCCGCGAAUGGUAAAACUGAGGGGUUUGGCAAAUUAGAAGGUGGAAUGGUCUUGAAAUGUUCUUUAAGAUAUUGUCAAAGAUUGUUGACCCAAGAAAUAGAGAUCUGUAAAUUACUUGGUCAAAAGCUUACAUUUGAAGUGUCUGUUGGGAUGAAUGGUCGUGUUUGGCUGCACUCUG